AUGCUACGUUACGCUACCAUUAGAUCUUCUUUGAGAUCUCCAAUCUUGAACGCUAAUGCUUACCGUUCAUUCUCUCAAUCUGCUUUUGCUUUGGACAAAAUUAGAGUUAAAACACCAAUCGUUGAACUAGAUGGUGAUGAAAUGACCAGAAUCAUCUGGCAAAAGAUCAAAGACAAAUUGAUCUUACCAUACGUUGAUGUUGAUCUUAAAUACUACGAUUUGGGUAUUGAAAGCAGAGAUGCAACCAAUGAUCAAAUCACCAUUGAUUCUGCAAAUGCCAUCAAAGAAUAUGGUGUCGGUAUUAAAUGUGCUACAAUCACUCCAGAUGAAGCUCGUGUUAAAGAAUUCAACUUGAAAAAAAUGUGGAGAUCACCAAAUGGUACAAUUAGAAACAUCUUGGGUGGUACUGUUUUCAGAGAACCAAUUGUCAUUCCAAGAAUUCCAAGAUUAGUGCCAGGUUGGGAAAAACCAAUCAUCAUUGGUAGACAUGCUCAUGGUGAUCAAUAUAAAGCUACUGAUCUUGUUGUUCCAGGUGCUGGUAAAUUAGAAUUAGUUUACAAACCAGCUGAUGGUUCAGAAACUCAAACUUUAGAAGUUUAUGAUUAUAAAGGUGCUGGUGUUGGUUUAGCCAUGUACAACACUGAUGAAUCAAUUGAAGGUUUUGCUCACUCUUCUUUCAAAUUAGCCAUUGGUAAACAAUUAAACUUGUUUUUAUCUACUAAAAACACCAUUUUAAAGAAAUAUGAUGGUAGAUUCAAAGAUAUCUUCCAAAAAAUUUACGAUGAACAAUACAAAGCCAAAUUUGAGGAAUUAGGUAUUUACUAUGAACAUCGUUUAAUUGAUGAUAUGGUUGCUCAAAUGGUUAAAUCUAAAGGUGGUUUCAUCAUGGCUUUGAAAAACUACGAUGGUGAUGUUCAAUCAGAUAUCGUUGCUCAAGGUUUCGGUUCAUUAGGUUUGAUGACUUCAGUCUUGGUUACUCCAGAUGGUAAAGCUUUUGAAAGUGAAGCUGCUCACGGUACUGUCACUAGACAUUUCAGACAACAUCAACAAGGUAAAGAAACUUCAACCAACUCAAUUGCUUCAAUCUUUGCCUGGACUAGAGGUUUAGCUCAAAGAGGUAGAUUAGACGGUACUGAAGAUGUCGUUAAGUUUGCUGAAUUAUUAGAAAAAGCUACUUUGGACACUGUUCAAGUUGAUGGUAUCAUGACUAAAGAUUUAGCUAUUGCUACUGGUAGAUCUGAUAGAGAAAGUUAUGUCACCACUAAUGAAUUCUUAGACGCUGUUGAAAAACGUUUAAAAUCACAAGUUGAUGCUUAA